AUGAACAUGUCAUCAAGAAGUGCGUGGCGAGGACUGCAUUGGAGUGCAAAGAGACGGCCGAUGGUGCCUCAAGCCCCUUACAGGUGUUUCUCCUGCACUGCUCGACUGCAGAGCCCAGGUCAGCAACCUGAUGAGCGUAAGACUCAUUUUGGAUUCGAGACGGUGCGGGAAUCUGAGAAGGAAUCUCGAGUUGGUGCCGUUUUCAGCUCAGUAGCUCGCUCCUAUGACACGAUGAAUGACUUCAUGUCACUCGGCAUUCACAGACUAUGGAAGGACUAUUUUGUACGGUCGUUAAAUCCUGGCCGUCAGUACGCGCGUGAAGGCCCCGGCAAGAGUGGCAGCAGUGAGGUCGAGCACCAGGGCUGGAAUAUACUUGACGUUGCUGGUGGGACGGGAGACAUCGCAUUUCGCAUGCUGGACCAUGCCACAAACAUCAAGCAUGAUCAGUAUACUCGGGUUACGGUUGCUGAUAUCAACCCGGACAUGCUAACAGAGGGGAAAAAGCGGAGUCUUGACACUCCAUAUUAUAACUCCGAUAGGCUGUCAUUCAUGCAAGGCAAUGCAGAGUCAAUGCCGUCCAUCCCAUCCAACUCAGUCGACCUCUACACCGUUGCGUUUGGCAUCCGUAAUUUUACCAACAAGCAGGCUGCGUUGGAGGAGGCUUACCGCAUCCUCAAGCCUGGCGGAGUCUUUGCAUGUCUCGAGUUCAGCAAGGUGACCGUCGGCGCUUUCGAUGAGGUAUACAAGCGGUGGAGCUUUGGUGCCAUUCCACUUAUUGGACAGCUCGUGGCCGGAGACCGUGCCAGCUAUCAGUAUCUCGUUGAGAGCAUCGAGAGGUUCCCCAGCCAGGAGAAGUUUCGCGGCAUGAUCCGCAAAGCCGGUUUCCUUACUCCAGGCGAUGGCUACGAGAAUCUGUCGUUGGGCAUUGCAGCAAUUCAUAAAGGAGUCAAACCCUUGAAGUGA